UCGGGCUCCACCCUGCGCACAAGAAGCUGCCGCAGCCUCCCGUCCUCUCCCAAUAUGGCGCCGCUCGCCUGCUGAGCUCUCCCGGUUCCUCCCGUCCCCGCCGUGCACCGAGACAUGCUCACAGCCGGAUAGUGGCAGCACUCCGCAGCGCAGCCUUUCCUUGUAAGCCGCGUGGGGCCCUGUCCGGGAGCCCAGCGAGACAGCCCUCCUCUCGCCUACAGCCGGAGCAGGAGGCCUCAACGUCGCCAUGGCUCAUUCCCCGGUAGCCGUGCAAGUGCCUGGGAUGCAGAAUCACCGGGCCGAUCCAGAAGAAUUAUUCACAAAACUAGAGCGUAUUGGAAAGGGGUCCUUUGGAGAAGUGUUUAAAGGCAUUGAUAACCGGACGCAGCAUGUGGUUGCUAUCAAAAUUAUCGACCUGGAAGAAGCGGAGGAUGAAAUAGAAGAUAUACAGCAAGAAAUAACCGUUCUCAGCCAGUGCGACAGCCCCUAUGUGACAAAGUACUAUGGAUCUUAUUUGAAGGGCACCAAACUAUGGAUUAUUAUGGAAUACCUAGGAGGAGGCUCCGCGUUAGACUUGCUGCGAGUCGGACCUUUUGAUGAGUUCCAGAUCGCGACCAUGUUGAAAGAAAUCUUGAAAGGUCUAGAUUAUCUGCACUCGGAGAAUAAAAUUCACAGGGACAUCAAAGCUGCCAAUGUCCUGCUCUCAGAACAAGGCGACGUCAAGCUUGCUGACUUUGGUGUGGCUGGACAGCUGACGGAUACGCAGAUUAAAAGGAAUACGUUUGUAGGCACUCCGUUCUGGAUGGCACCUGAAGUUAUACAGCAGUCUGCAUACGACUCAAAGGCUGACAUUUGGUCUUUGGGAAUCACUGCCAUUGAAUUAGCUAAAGGUGAACCACCCAACUCCGACAUGCAUCCGAUGAGGGUCCUGUUUCUCAUCCCUAAAAAUAAUCCGCCCACAUUAACAGGAGACUUCGGCAAACCUUUCAAAGAGUUCAUUGAUGCCUGUUUAAACAAAGAUCCAUCCUUUCGACCUACAGCCAAAGAACUUCUCAAGCACAAGUUUAUUGUGAAAAAUGCCAAGCGGACAUCUUACCUAACAGAGUUGAUUGACAGGUAUAAACGAUGGAAGGCCGAGGGGCACAGCGACUCCGAAUCUGAUGACUCCGAUACGGAGCCCAGUAACAAGGAGAACAAUGCACAUAUUGAAUGGAAUUUCACCACAGUUCGGAAGAAACCUGAUGCUAAGAAAUUGCAGAAUGGAACAGAUCAAGAUCUUGUGAAGACGCUGAGCUCUUUAUCGGCAAUAAUAGCCCCCGUCUUUGCUGAGCUUAAACAGCAAGACCGGGAGAACAUAGUGAGAAAAAAGGCAAUUGAGGAACUUGAAAAGAGUAUGAACUUAGCUGAAGCAACUUAUCCUGGAAUUACUGACAAGAUGGUAAAGAAACUUAUGGAAAAAUUCCAAAAGUUUUCUGUCAGUGACUCCUAAGUAUCAUGUUAUGACCAUGACAUCGCUGUAAAAAGAAAAAAAAAAAACUGGGAGAGGGACACCCACCAAAAGUACUUCAUGCCUGGCCGUGCUUAGCAUCUUCAGCUCCUUGUGCCUUUUGGGUCUUCGCAAAACACAUCCAUGACCAUGAUUGACAAUUUGGAAGGAAAACAAACUUUUUUUUUUUUUCUUUUUUUCUUUUUGUUAUAUAUAUUUUUGUUUUGUGAUGGUGUAAAUGGUUUUUAUAUUUUCUGGAAAUUAUUUUGUAAAGACUGAAGACUUUUACUACUUUAAUCCUUUGUUAAAUCCUCUACAUGUUGAUAUGCUGUUUUUGCUGUUGGGUAACAGUUGCUAAGUUAGUAACCUGUGCAAGUGAUGACAGUAUGUUUGUGGUGGUUGUGUUGCACUGUACACUGAAAUCUACUACACUUUUUUUUUAUUUUUUUUUUAUAUAUAUAUAUUUGUUCUAUGACUUGACUUUUGCCAUCUAUCUUCGAGGUAUAGGAUGAGACGUGGCUGCACUGUGAAAUGGGGGCACAAUGGAGCUGCUACACUGCGAACAUCUGAAUAGGACCCUGCAGUGAACGAGCGAUUUUAGUCCAUGCUGUAAAAAAAACAAUGGGCCAUAGAGCUUCCUAGAAAUCCUUGUCAUGGUCAGUUCUGUCUGCAUUUCAGCCUUGGACCGAAAUGCCAGAACAUUCGGCACUUAAAAUGUACACGUAUCCUAAAAAUGGUGGCGGUCGCCAGUUCAAGCAUUGCGGCCUUAUGUAUAACUAAAGACCAGUCGCCUUCCACCUGCUUAAGAGCUCAGCUUGUGUGUAACUGCACCAGUGACAUCACUGGUCCAUAGUUGGUUUUAGCCUUUUUUUUCCAUAAAUAUUGGCUUUUGCUUAUAGUGAAUCUCCACCUUUUAUCGUAAUUUUUAGGUCUAAAAUUCUGUAUUGAUUAAUAUUUUAUUAUAUCUUUAUGGCCUUCAGAGCUUUGCGUUUUCUAAAACAGCUCCAGAUCCCCUUGAUGUACAUAAAUUUAGAAGAUAGCAUGCUGUCUACCUGCAGCCACCACUAGAGGGAGCUUAAGAGCUUACUUUAUCCUGUGUUAAAGGGGUUGUCCCAGAUAAUAAAUUUGGCUCGAGGGACCUAAUGCUUUAAAAUCCAAACUUACUAUGUACUUAUUUCUUCCUCUUGCGCCAUUCACUGCACUGUGGGUCCUUUCUGUGGUGCUUAGAUGUGGGUAUACGGUACGUGACUGCUGCAGCCAAUUACUGUCCUCAGUGGACUCAUGCCAUAUAACUGCACUGCAUUAGGUGGCAUUGAGCAAAUGUAUGUUUAAAGUGAACCCUUUAAAUGGGUUACCUGUGUUUUCAGUGUGCACUAAGCUCCCUCUAGUGGUAGCUGCUGGUGGAUAGAAUUUAAAUCUGUCUAUGCAUGGGUUUUGGGGUUCUGUAUCAGGGGAAAAAAAGGAGCUCUGAACAAUAAAAUGUUAAGGUAAGAAAUUAAUUGGCACAGAAUUUUUCAACUAAUUGAAAAGUGGUAUUCAGGGGUGGAUUUUCAAUGUAAACAAUGGCUGGUUCCACUGUGUGCACAUUGCAGGUACUUUUUUAAUAGUAAAAAGCUAAAAAAAAACAACAAAAAAAACAACACUGGAGUAACUCUGCUGUGUAUAUGUCCAGGGUUGCUUGUAAGUGCUAUCUGCUUACCUUUUCUAUACUGGAAAUCCUCAUACCCCUGCU